AGGUUUAUACAAACGAAAAAUUAUUAUCCAUCUGUAUAGAGAAUAUCUAUACCAACGGAAAUCAUCUUGCGUUUGUAUAAAUAUAUUUAUACAUACAGAUUUCUAUAUACUGUCUAUAUAAUUUACUAUUUGUUAAACUCAAUUUUUUCCUCUUUGAUUUUAGCCGGCUGUCCUUAUUUUCACUUCCCUCCACAUUUUCCCCAAUUUUCCUUCUCUACAUUCCGAGUUUCCCUCCCCAGCUAAACCUAAAUAAUUCCCUCUCCCAAAUCUAGUUCGACUCCAACCUUCGCCAAAAUUCAUUUCCCUUUUCUCUCUUCUCUCUCGUAUCCUUUCCCUUUCUCCUUCUCGUUGUUCAUGCCAUCAUCGUCUGAUCGAAGGGGCCAGCCGACGUUCUCUUUGUGGGACAGUUCUCCAAUAGCACAAAUUUGACAUUUGAUCCAAAAAAUUUGGUUAACCUUGAUGACUUUUCGACUUGAUCUAGCACUGGGGACCUUGGAUCCAUGUUUCAGACUCCGAUCGACCCUUUGGUGGAGCCGACUAGUGUGUGCCUGGAGGACAGAUUCGAUGUUGGCGGUUCUGGAUCUCCGAUGCUCGAUUUGGCGGGCCUCUUUCUUCGGCGUAACCGCUGAACUUCUCAUUCCUUGUGCUUCAAAAUCUGGUAGCUUCCUUUCAACCUUAGAUCUAGUCUGCUUAAUGCGAAUUGUGCGAGCCGUGAGGCUUACCGUGGUGAUCCAGCGGAAACUGAAGGCUCCCAUUCUCUUUGCUUUCCUCAAUUUCGCUCUUCCUCCGGGAUCUGAGGCGCAUAGUAAGCUGUCUUCGUCUCUUCCAAAGGUAAAGCUUCAGGCUUUCUUUAUUGAGCGAUUCGUGUUGAGAAAAGUGAUUAUUUUGAAAGUGUAAGGUUGUAGCAGUUGUUAUGAUGCGUGUUCAUCAAUUUGGAAACUUGUGUGGAUUAUAUUCUCCAACAUUGCAUUGCUCAACAUUGGUGAUACGAAGAUGAGCAUGAUAUGGAAGUUGAUACUGCUGCCUCUUCACUUCAAGCUUCUGCAAAACAUCCAUUACUGGAGCUGGAAAUCUACUGCUACUUGCUUGUCUUGAUAUUGCUCAUUGAUCAAAAGAAGUACAAUGAGGUGAAUGAACAAAUAUUGUUUCAUCAAGGAUCUUUUUCUGUGUCUAUUACAUAAGUAACAUAGCAAUCGUUGUUUUAAGCAAAAGCUUGCACCUCUGCAAGCAUUGUUCGGCUGAAGAACGUGAAUAGGAGGACUGUUGAUGUUCUAGCUGCUAGGCUUUACUUCUACUACUCUCUCAGCUAUGAACUACUUACCGGUGACCUUGCUGAAAUUAGAGGGUAACUUGUAUUUCACUAUUUUCAUUUUUUAAGAUAUCCUAGUGUACCCUGGACUGUGUACUUAUUCAAAAGUGAAGCACAGUAUUAGAUUCUAGCUAGGUCUGACAAAAAAUGUUGAUUACUGACAGUAACCUUCUUGCCCUGCAUCGAAUUGCAACAUAUAUUGCGUCAUGAUGAGCUGGGACAGGUAAAAGUUUCAACUAUUUAAGCAGUUUAGUCUAUGUUGCUAGGGUGUUUUUUGCAUAUUUGAAUGUUUUUCUGAUGCAGGAAACAUUCUCCCCCAAUUAAAAUUCUUAAAUGAGUGAAGCUCCCAAAUAUGUUCAACCUUGACCUUCAUCAAACUCAUUAUUUGUUUUGUGGGGAAAGGAAGGUUAUGCCCUCUAGGCUAUAUUUAACUGGUUU